CUGUGGACCCUCUGUUUACGCGGGGUGAUAUGUUUGUUGUUAUGGUAUAAUCUAAUUAAUCUACGAAAUGUCUGUCUCUUCUAUUACAUAUGGUUCACUGCCCAGCAAAAAUUUAGUUUCUUCUUGGGCCGUGAGUCAGAGUACCACCUAUGCGUCAUCAUAUGCUCGCGCAUAAUAGUAAUGGAUAAAAUUACACAUUAAAAAAUGUGGUGUUACUUUCACUUCGUAGAUAUAUGUGAAGCAAGCAACUGGAUAAUGUGAAAAAUACAUGCUAAUAUUACGGUCACAAUGCUGACAUUGUACUAUAUGGUCACGUCCAUAAUUCACGGAUGGCGCUUGAGACUGUUGGCAGCUAGAAUAAGAAGACUUAUAACAUUAAAUAGCAGCCUUGUUCUCUAUAAGGAAAUGAAAGUUGUAGCAUUUCUUGGAAACAGUGGCCUGACAUCGGAGAUGCGUGGAAUUAGUUCAAAAUGUUGUUUCAAUAAAUAUCAAGCACGUCUUGGUGAACUAAUCUGGUGUAUUGGUAACAAACGUGCCAUAACAGUCUUCCCAAAACAAAGAAUUGAUUUAACAAAUUGGAUUGGUUUUCCUGGAGUUGGAGCAAAUUUUGCAUUUGAUGAUAGACAACUUGAUGUUUCAUUGGAGGAGAAUAACUCAAUCAGCAUAAUAAUUGAAACAAAUUAUGCACACUCUCCUCUUCACGAUGAGACAAAAUUUUGUGAAAUUUUUUGUAAAAAGUUUCAGGUGUAUGGAAGUCUCCAAGCAUGGAAAAUGGGGGCAUAUUUUUCACUGCUGCUUGAAACAGAUGCUCCACGCUUUGCCAAGCUUGGUGUAGACUUCAUGUUAGAUCGAGUCCUGAUAGAAGACAUUGAACUUAUUCGAAUUGAAUCUGUGACCGUCGAGGGACAUCCGUACAUCACUGGUUACACCAGUCCGGUUCCAGUUCGACGUUAUUUGGGAUAUAGUCAUCUACCAUUUGUGAGUGAUCUAGGGAAUGCUGCAUGCCAAAAUUUUUUGAAGAGGAACAGAUUGCCUUCAGCUGAGAGAAUAAAUUGCAUUUCGAGUGAAAGGCAUUUCCUAUACUGUAAUCAAAUUAACUGUAAUACAGUGUUCUGUUCGAAUGAUGAGCAAGCAUGCUCAACCAGAAAAAAUGGAAUAUUCAGUUCACAGUCUCUGAGUGUUGAGAGUGCUGAAUCUGCAAGUGAAGAAACAUGCAGUAUGUUAGAGGGAAAGAAAGAUUCAAAUAAUCCCCUGAACAAAUUAGAUGAACAUAAAGAGCAAAAUAUGAAUAUGAAGCCUCCAAAUGUAUUGAUUGUCUCAGAAAGUGUGAUUGCCCGUAACAAUAUAAAGGACAUGUUGUACAAUGUCCUGAACAAAAAUAGAUAUACAGUAUAUACAACUACUCAGGAGCAGCUGCUAAUUCAACCAUGGAUGGAUAAUACCCGAUUGUUGGUUGUAUCUGGAAAUGUUUCUCAUGAGCUGGGAUCACGUGUUAUCAACUAUUUGCUACAAGGUGGAAAAGUAUUGUGCCUGUGCUCAGAUCUUCUUCAUUUAAUGCUGCCAAUGUUCCGCACUGCAGAGGUUCGUGAGCGUGAAUUAGUGCAAUUUUCGUAUGGUCAGUGGAAACAUGUGAGCCUAAUGCACCAUAUCUUUUGCUACCAGCCAUCACCUGAGCACAGACGCUUCUUUCGCUUUGAAGAUUUAAGGAGAAAUCCACCAGAGAAACUUCCAUCAGUAGUUCUGGUAUAUGAUGAAAACAGAGUGCCUCACGAACUCCAGAUUGAGAUCCUUGGAGCUGAGGAGACUUGGCACACCCCAUCAUUAAUUAUGGCUACAGCUGCAGCUUGUGGUGGAAGGUUUAUCUUCUCUCAGGUCCACCUUGAGAUUGAUCCACAACAGUAUGAACAAGAAAAAGAAAAGUUUCGAACACUUCAGGCUAGUGACAGUGCAAGGUUGGCAAUUUUGAGAGAUUUGCUGAGUGUACACCUGGGAAUAGAGUGCUCAUUGUCAGAUACUGUUCCUCAUUACAAACCUGGAUAUUUACUAGGGAGAAGUGAGGUAAAAGAAUGUUUCUUAAAAUACUUAUUCCAAAAAGAUAACAUUUUGAGGCUUCCAAAAUUGGACCUUCGUGUUUAUAAAACAGAACUGGAGCCUGCAGCUGCUUCAGAAAAAUUUCUACCAGUAUUUAUGUAUGGAACACCUCAUGGUUUCUCAGAAAUUGAGUAUUUCCAGGCAUUGAAGACAAAAGUUCUUGGGCAGGUUGUCUUGUACACAAAGGUAAUGACUAGUUCAAUGGACGUGUUGGAAGGAGCUGAGUUGUUAGAUGGUCUGGCAGUUGUUACACACAGGCAAACUCGGGGCAAAGGUCGAAGUGGAAAUACUUGGAUAAGUCCUGAAGGAUGUGCAGUUUUUUCAGUUCAUCUUCACAUUUCAAGAAGUUCAUAUUUAGGACAACAUUUGUUGCUCGUGCAGCAUCUAGCAGGACUUGCCAUUGUCUCAUCAAUUUGCUCUCUGCCAGGAUAUGAGAACCUCAAUUUGAGACUGAAGUGGCCAAAUGAUAUAUAUGUGGGCAGUACUGUGAAAAUUGGUGGUGUCCUGGUGACUAGUAGCUACCAUCAGAAUUUUAUAAUUUGCAAUGUUGGUUGUGGUAUUAAUCUCAAUAAUGAAGCUCCUACAACUUGUAUCAAUGCUCUUAUAAAUGAAUACAACAAGCAUGCUAAUGAGACUAUCCAGUUGCUGUCUCUAGAAAAGUAUUUAGCAGGUGUUUUUAAUAGGCUGGAGGAACUCCUGGAAAGAGUACAGAGUGGCAAUAUUACAGAGUUCCUUGAUUUGUACUACACAUACUGGCUUCACAGUGAUGCUAAAAUUACAGUAACUGAUACUGAUGGUGCCUGUCAUGAUGUUACUGUGCUGGGAAUUGAUGACUACGGUUUUAUUGUUGUUCGAAACCAUUUUGGAAAUUGCUUCAGCGUACACCCAGGUGACAAUUCAUUUGAUCUCUUUAGGGGUAUGAUAAUUCCAAAACAUUCAGUUCAAUGACAGUGACUGAGUUUGUGAUAUGAUAAAAGUAUAUGUACGUGAUGUUAUUAUGUGACACUCCUGUGAACACCAAAUAAUACUUGUACGUUGCAUAAAUAUAUUAAAAUAUGUACAUAUUACUCUGUUGUAUUUGUGAUAUAAAUAAAGUGGCAAUUUUGUUAGGACUGUUUAAGAGUAAAA